ACCCGUCCGCCAAACCCAUAAUUCCCCGCGCCCAGACAAGAUGGAAGAGAACAGCAGCCGCAGGAGAACAAUGUUUUGGCAGUAAAAACUCAAAGGAACGAUUACGGGGGAAAAUAUAAACGCUAUAGAGUCGGUUGCGGUCAUGUAUUGGAUAUCCCCUUUGUAGUGCUUUUGUCUUUCUCUUUCCCCCCUCCUUUUUUUCUUUCUCUUGAAUGAACGGACGCCCCUUCCUCCAGGACCACGCCAACGGCAGCAGCUUCACCACCAUGAGCCUCAUCCAGGACAAGCUGGGCAACGAGUUCCUGCGCAGCAACGGCGCAAUGGAUCCCAACUUCCCACCCGCCAGCAUGCUGAUGUUCAGCCACCUGCCCCCGGUCACCAGCUUCACCCGUCUGGCCUCGCAGUCCGUCAUGGCGGACCUUCCGCAGGAGAUGAUCCUUAAGAAGGAGCGCGACUCGCCCGAGCACGGCUAUUUCCACGGCAUGGGCAUCAAGCAGGAGAAGCUGAGCGAGCUCGACUACCGCUUGCCGCUCUACGGCGUGCCACCUUCCACCGGGCACCACGUCACAGCCGUUGCCAACUCUGCGGUGGCACAGGGAGGUGGCGGGAAGGGGGCGGGCAACAUGGACAUGCUGGACAUGUCUCUGGGCAACCACCAGAACAUGCUUCUGCAUGACCUCAGCCUUAGCAAUCAGUUCUCGGGGAGAUUGGGGAAGGAGCCCAAAGAGGGCACGGGUCGGCGAAGCAAGAAGGCCAAUGGAGAGGGACACGAGGGCAAAGCCCGCAGGAAACGAGGGGAUGCUGCAAAGUCACUGAUGCUGGAUGGGGAAGGGGGUCCAAUGUCCCCGAACACCAAGCCGCACAUCUGUGAGCACUGCAACGCAGCCUUCCGCAGCUCCUACCACCUGCGCAGACACGUGCUCAUCCAUACAGAUGGCACAGGGGAGAGGCCCUUCAGGUGCAGUCAGUGCAACAUGAGCUUCAUCCAGAAGUACCUUCUCCAGCGACAUGAGAAGAUCCACAGCGGAGAGAAGCCAUUUAGCUGUGACCAGUGCAACAUGCGCUUCAUUCAGAAGUACCACAUGGAGAGACACAAGAGGACUCACAGUGGAGAAAAGCCAUACAAAUGUGAAAACUGCCAACAGUAUUUCUCACGCACCGACCGAUUACUGAAGCACAAGCGCACCUGUGAAGAAGCCAUAAAGAAGGGCCUGGACCCAUCCCUGCUGGACCUCGGGGAAGACGACCUCGGCCAGGGCAGCUACCUCCUCACUCAGGGAACCCCCGCCGCUCCCAACGGGGGACGCAAGCGAGGCAAAGGCAAAGGCGAGGGCGGCGGUGAGCGCCGCAGGAAAAAGGCGGCCUCUUCCUCGCUCCACAUGCCCAGGGGCCUGGGCCUGCAGGACUACGGCGGCGACCUCGCGUCAGGCUCGGGGGCGGGCCAGGCUGGGGGGGCUUCGUCCGGUGCAGGGGGCAACCACAUGGGCCGCACGCCCAAGCUGAUGUUCAAGAAGGCCGGCCGUAACAAGGGCCUGGACAAGAGCCUGCUCUCCAUGGCGGAGGAGGACGGCAGCUCGGGCUCUGGGAUCCACGGACAGAAGCUCUCGGCCGGGGAGGGAGGCGGAGGAGGGGGGCUGGACAACCUGGGUCUCAUGCAGAGCUCCGGAGGCCCCAAGCAAUCAGGCAACAGCAGCAACUAUGACGACGCCAUGCAGUUCCUGAAGAAGCGACGCUACCUGCACGCAGCUAACAAUGGGGGAGGCGCCAACGGCGGGGGGAGCCAGCAGAACGACUACGGGCAUCUGCCCCAGCCCCAACAGAACGUCAUCCAGGGCGGCCUUGGCGGCGAGCCCACCUUGGCCCUUUUGGACACCUCGCCGCUGAUCAGCGUGGACAAGCACGACAAGUCGGGCAUCCCGGACGAGGUGCUGCAGAGCCUGCUGGACCACUACAGCAACAAGCCUGACAACUCACACCACCACCAUCACCACCACCACCAUCACCACCACGACGAUGUCAACUUCGACCUCUCCGGUGGCCACCACGAGCUGCAGCCGGCCGACGUCAUCGGGCCCGACGACGAGGACUCGCCGGGCGGCUCGGGCGACAAGACGGUGGUGAUGCACGAGUACUCUAAGUUCCUUCUGCAGACGCUGGAGCGCACCAGCCACAGCUCGGGCUUCCCCCUUGGCCCCUCGGCCCCCUUCCCCAGCCUGCUGACAGCCAGCAGCCCGGGGCCGUCCUCCUCCUCCACCCUCUUCUCCGACAAGCACGUCUACACCACCUCGCCGCUGGAGUGCGGCUACACGCAGCCCGUUAGCUCACCGCUGGCGCCCUCUUCCUCCUCUUCCUCUUCCUCCGCCACCGGCAAAGCCCACUUCAGCAUGCUGGUGUCGGCGCCCUCACCCCCCAGCCACGCCUCAGGCUCUGCGGGCGCCUCACAGGGCGGGUACCACCUCAGCAGCCUGGAUUCAGCCGGCCACCAGCAGCUCACCCCGUCACAGGAGCUCACUGACCAGCUGGAGAAACAGCACUCGCCUCCCUACCAGCUCGCCUCCGACGUGGCCAAUAGAGCCGGUUCUGGAGGUCAGAAGGACGGGAAGAAUGGUGGCGGUUCUGGGAGAGGAGUGGGCUCAGACAGCGGAACCACCGCCAGCACCAAUGGCAGCUCAGGCAAUGGGCCGGUCUACCCGGACCUAGCGGCGCUGGAGCACUCGAAGGAGGUGGACCUGCGCUCCACGUUCCAGAUCGAGAACUUCGCCCAGGCCUUCGGCGCGCAGUUCAAGAACGGCCGCGGCACCCCGCUGUCGGCGUAUGGCGGCGGUGGCCCCGAGGACCACCAGUUGUCGCGGACUCCCGUCUCGGAAUUCUCAGGGUAUACUAGUCUGUUGGCGGACGUCGGCGAGCCCGCUAACUCAGGAUCCAAAACUCCCACGAGCCAAAGCUACAGGUAAAUGGGGUCGUCCAAGGAAGGGGGGGGGCGGGGUCUUCCAACCUCAGUGUUUAUCGGAAACCUAAUCGACCCCACUUCAACCCCCCCCACCAAUUCAUUUUAUAACAACAUUUAAACAAAACAAAAAAAGACUUAUUACACUGCCAUUAAAUGUUAAUAUGAGACUCUACCAGGGAAGGUCUUCAAGACCUCAUGCAAUUUUUUCUAAAAAGUUCUCCUUUUUAAUAUGUAUUCAGUCCCCAUGUCUUUAUUUUAAAACUUUAGCUUAGUGCGUAUGAUAUUGUUUUUUUUUUAGAAGGUUUUCAAUGUAAUUUUUUCUUCCUCGAUGAAAACUAGAGGGUAGCUAUGAACUGGCUUGUGUUCCUAAAAUCCCUUGUGUGUUUUAGCAAUCACGAUGCAUUUGUAAAAUAGUAAUGAUGAUUAUGAUUAAAGUAAUAACAUGUGUCAGGGAGAGGCCCAGUAUUCAAAAGGCAAAAAAACCCUAUGUAUUGUCUGUUACAAUAAUGAAAAGUAUUACUCAGGAAAAAAAAGCAGCAAACUAAGAGGUUAUUUUUGUUUCUCGUUUUUUGUUUCUCUUUCUCUUUCAUGAUGAGAUGCAACUAGCACUCUUGUUUGUAUUUUUGACUGGUUUACUUAUGAAAGUACAUUUAAGCGUUUGUUUGUUGUUUUUUUUUUUUUUUUUAAUCUUCCUCCAGGAAAGAGACUAGCCAGUCGUGAAUCUGUGCAUUCAGUCACAGACAGACCUUAUCCACUACUAGUGAUGUUAUGGAGAUUAUGGUACCGUUUUACUUUGAAACCUAAACACACUCUCUCAUUUCUCUUGCUUAAGGCCAUAGGUAAUCUCUCACACAGAUACAGACGCACACACACACAGACGGGCACACACACGCGCACAGACACUCACACACGCAGACGCACACACACACACACACAGACACUCACGCGCACAGACAUGCACACACACGUACGCGCACAGACGCACAUACACACGCAGACGCACAUACACACGCAGACGCACAUACACACGCGCGCACGCACACAAACUCUUGGUAAGUAUUUAUACGUCUCUUCCUCUGAAGUCUGUAGAAGUGGCCACAGGGUGGCAUGAGGGGAUGGAGAGCCCGUUCUUCCGUGUUCACUCUGGUUUUACUUUUUUGCUUUUGUUUGCUUUUGUUUUGGCAUCCUCUUCUUUUGCAAGGAAUCAAUGAGCACUUUUUUAACCAACCGUUUUAACCAUUGAGAAAAACAGAACUGAUUCAGCCCAGUCACAUUUUAUGUUUUGAUUUUGAAAGAAAAAGGUUUGGAUUUUUUAUUUUAUUUUAUUUUUGUGGAGAAAGCUGUGAGUUUUGGGGGGGGGGGUGGGAUGGGUAGGGGCCUGGGAGGGUUAUGAUCAAGGGCAUUUGGGUGGGGGUUGGGGGGGUGGUAGAUGAGGUGGGGCAGGGUGGGGAACUUGGAUGCUAUGCCAUUAUUGUUUGUAAUAUUGAUAUGUAGUGGAGCCUUGGGUUCAAGUUACAGGACCUUCUUUGUAUUAAAGUGUAUUUAAAUAUUAAUGUUUUUUUUUUUAAUUAUUAUUUUAUAUGUUUUUACUCCAAGAGAGUGGCCACAUUUAGGGCAAUCCUACCUCUCCAAUUCAAACACUGACUCAGGUGUGAUCAGUGCAUGCAAACAAAACAGGCUGUUCUUUUUGUAUAUCCAUAUAAUCCCCUGCUGAUACAAGCCUACAAGGACACACCAUCAUUGAGCAAAUGAUACAUGGGAAAAAAAAUACAUGCAAGUCUUUUUUUUUUUGACCUAAAACCUGUGGUUUUUAAUGUAUUUUGUUGGCUCUUGAAAGAAAAAGGAAAGAAAGACAAAAAAAAAGACAUUUGAAAAAUCAGGAACGUGUGAGAAGAUGGAGGAAUGAGGACAUUUGGUGUGAGCAAAGUGAUUGUUUUGCCCCUCUCCCCUUUCCCCUCCCACUUAAAUGGUAAUGCAGUUUUGAUAACUUUCUUUUGUGAUUGAACACUACUCCGCUCUGUCUUCCAUGGUUACUUUUCUUUUUUUUAAACUCUUUUUUUUUAGUCUUGAGCGGCUAGAGUGUGAUGUUUUACAAUUUUCGGCUGCUGGCCUCCGCUUGUUCCCCCUGUACCCCAAGACCUGUUGGGGCGGGGUCAGUGGUGACCUUUUUGGGUGAAAUAUCACCAGAGGCAAAGACCCCCCCCCCCUUUUUUGUUGUUGUUUUUGCCACCCCAGCUAUGCGCUAUGCUUUCAAAAAGAGAACAAUGGAAUGGAGAAUCGCAAGAGCGAUCUCAAAAAGAAAAAUAGGAUUGACCAUAAUAUACCUCAUAUCAGUGUAAAUGGGAAAACAAGAAAAAGAUAUAAUUUUGUUGUAAGCAGAAUCCCAGGGACAAGUGUUAAAAUGUUUGUAGUGAAUAGCAAUUGAGACUUUUUUUUUUUAAGAAAACAGAACGACAUAUCCCAGUUAGUGGUGGACUCUUUUGCGGAUCCGGUCCUGAUCAGGUCCCGAUUCGUCCCAGAGUCCCCAGUUCCGUUGGGAUAAAGUAGCCCUGUGUUCCUUUUCUUAGCACCCCCGGGGUUGGCUAUUAUAGGGAGAGACUUGAUUGGAGGGGCAAAUGAACAUUUUUUUUUUUUUUUUUUUUUUUUUUUCCUUUUCGUUGUUUUGGUUUUUGAUCUAUGGAGUCAUGCCAAGCAGUGUUGGGUUCUAGGUUGACGCCCUCUUUUAGGAUUCUCUCUCUAAGAUGAUUUCACAUCAUCCCUUACUCCCCAUCUAACUUUUGUUACUUGCCAUAAAAAAAAUGUGUUUUUGAUAUGAUGUCUAGAAUGACUUUUGUUUACAAUAAUGUACAAAUACACUAAACGUGUGUGAUAUUUUUCAUUCUGACUUUUUUUUUCUGAUAUGCAUGAUAUGAAGUUUUUUUUUCUUUUUUUUUAUAUGGCAUUUCUGUGAUCACCAUCAACACACCAAAAUGUUUGUAGCGUUAUGCUUCCCAAUGUCCCUUCUCCAUUCAGAACUUGUUUUGCAAGGUUCUGCCCAUCAAAUGACUUUAUAAAUGAUUAGAUAAGCCAAUAAAAACCUUUUGUUAUGAGAGCGUA